UCUCCUAUCCACUGGUAGCCCCGUGAAAAACCGGUCUAUCGUAAAGAGAGUUGCUUUGUUGUGAGCGGGCUGGGCGCGUGAUUUGGCAACGUCAGGUGCUGUUGCGCUCUCGCGGGCGUAGAGGAGGUGGAGUCCACGGUGGAUGUCCCCGCCCGGCCAGGUGUUGGUUGGUUGAUUGGUCAGGCAGAUGGGCUCAAGGUACAACAGGGCACGCGAAGAGGGUGGGGGGGUCUUCGUACAACCGCCGUCUCUGUGUCGCCGCACACAGCUGCUGGGCGUGCUGCUGCUGUGCCUGGGCGCCUACGCGGAGGUGGAGAGACAGCGCUCGCGGACCAUGAGCGGCAUGUUCCUGGCGCCAGCCAUCAUCCUGCUGUUGGCGGGAUCCGUGCUCUUCGUCGUCUCCUUCCUCGGCUUGCUCGGGGCACUCCGGGACAACUUGACGUUGCUCAAGAUCUUCCUGGUUACCAUGAUACUGGGCCUCAUCAUUGAGCUCAUUGGCGGGAUUGUGGCUUUGGUCUUCCGCAACUCGACCCAAGGCUUUAUUAACGACAACAUCCGGAAGGGGAUUGAGAAUUACUACGACGACCUGGAUUUCAAGAACAUCAUGGAUUCCGUUCAGCGCAAGUUCCAGUGCUGCGGCGGGCAGGACUACACGGACUGGAGGGUGAAUGUCUAUCACUCGUGCUCCUCACCGGGCCCGGCCUCCUGCGGGGUUCCGUACACCUGCUGCGAUGUGCUGGAGGGUUCGCAGCCUGUCAAAAACACGCAGUGCGGUUUUGGAGCCCUGAAACUGGAGCGGCUGCAGCUCCGGGGUCAGAUUUACACGCGGGGCUGCGUGGACGCGCUGCUCAUCUGGCUCAUCGACCACUACACUGUGAUGGCCGCCAUCCUGAUGGGCUUCCUCUUGCCUCAGCUUGUCGGCAUAAUUCUGUCGUGGUGCUACAUAGGACGGCUAGAGGACAUCAUUCUGCAGAACGAGCAGCAAGAGCAAGAAGAAGCUCGUGAUGCGUUCAUAGAUGAAGCAGAGGCGUGAACAGAAGACGUUGCCGCUGUGUUGCACUACACGCACGACCAUGCACAUGUGCGCACACGCACGCACGCGCGUAUGUACGCACGUAUACACUCCAGCAUUCAUACGCACAAGAGCCAUGACAAAGAUCUACAUCGCAACAGUUGUAAAAUAAUAAAAUUAUGCUCGUAUCGCUCUGGUAUAUAUUAAUAAAAGUGUGCAGUGUGUGCAACAUGCCAGUAUGAGUUAUUGCGAGAAUUUUGUUCCAUUUUAUUUAAUAGAAAGUCGUAAUAUUUCCCGCACCUCCAAUUAGCGAGGUUGGCUAUGUACGGUGCGAAAGAAGUUCAACAUACAUCACAAGCUGUACUGUUUGAAUUGCGGAGGCAAGUUUACAAUUAAAAACAAAACGUGCUGAAAAGCUCCGAUGCUUUUCCGAUGCUUAUUAUUCUAUUUCCAUUGCCGAGUUAUCCCACAUGCACAAUGCGAGUUAUUUAAUAAAGCAUUUAUUUGGGAUGGAUAAUAUAUAGAUCAUAUCACGACAAAAAAAUGUGCAAGGACAUUAUUGUUUCGUUAAAAACACACCGGAUUUUACAAAAAAAAUCUAGAAAAUAUCUAAAAACCUACCUCCCAAUGUUUUUCUGUUUCAUAAUCAUGUCAAAAUAGAAAAUGUGCUUUGAACAAGUCCAUUUCCAAAAUGUCACAUUCUAUAUACAUUUCCUUAUUAGAGCAAUGUUAUUGACGAAUGUGAGCCUUGAUUUGUUGCGCUUAUGCGCCACUGCCAACGCAGUAUCGCAAAAAGUCGUCGUCAAUCAUCGUCAUUUUACAAAAUUGCGAAUAUUUGUUGUCACAUUAUGCAAAAAGAAUCUCCCAAGCUGCUUUUACUCACUGCAUGUUUGCCUCUCCGUGAAAAAUGAGACACCACUUCAACCCGCGUCUCUCGGUGGCUUCACCAAAUACCACUGAAAGCCCCGCCUGCAUUCACGCCACCCGUCUUGGCUUGCAUGCAAAUUAUCACGGUGGGAUUUUUUUUGUUAAUUUUUUUUGUUUUGUUUUAAAGUUGUUGGUUGAGUGGCGUUCAUGAGCUUGCACAUCUGUGUAAAGCUGCCCCCCCCCACCCCUCCCCCAAACUCUAUGAUGGCUGAGACACACUCUUAUAUGUGUGUUUAAAUUAAAUUAUAAUGCACCCAUCGGCAAACUAUUAAUGUCUAUUUAAUUAUUCAAUCAGGGCAAGUAAUUUGUUGUUAAUUUUGGCACAAUUGCUUGGGGGUCCUUUUCAGGAGCAUUUAACGGAGACUUUUACGCCACACGAUGUGACACGUGGCCUUUUAAUUAACAGCGGGACUUUGAGAUUAAAAUGUUUAAUACCCGAGUAAUGACUUGACUUUGAAAUAAAAAGCAAUGUAUCGCUG